UUUACAUUAAAAAAGUGAAGAUUACUGUGGUCUAAAAGUUGAGCGUGAAUAGAGCAGCGCGAUAGCUAUAACUAUGGAAAACCUGCGUAAUGCCAACAGCAGAUUUGCGCUUGAUCUGCUCAGAAGGUUUAAUGAGACCAACCCAGCAGGAAAUGUUUUCUUCUCUCCUAUCAGUGUGUCUGCUGCUCUGGCCAUGGUCCUUUUAGGGGCCAAAGGUAAUACAGAGGCACAGGUGCUGAAGACACUUCAUUUUGACAAAGUUGAAGGUAUUCAUUCAAGAUUUCAGACUCUGACUAUGGAUAUAAACAGAAGCAAUGCUCCCUAUCUCUUACGGCUUGCCAAUCGGCUUUUUGGAGAGAAGUCCUACGGCUUUUUGCCGGAUUUCCUGACUAAUACUCAGAAAUUAUAUGGAGCUGAUUUGGCUACAGUUGAUUUUCUUCAGGCUUGUGAUGAAGCCAGGAAGGAAAUUAACCAGUGGGUAGAGGAGAAAACUGAAGGUAAAAUCCCUAAUCUGCUGUCUGAAGGCUCAGUUGAUAACAUGACCAGGCUCGUACUGGUGAACGCUAUUUAUUUCAAAGGAAACUGGGCAGAGAAAUUUAAAGAAGCUGACACCACUGACAUGCCAUUUCGGUUAAAUAAGAAUGAAAGAAAGACAGUGAAAAUGAUGUAUCAGAAAAAGAAAUUUCGUUUUGGGUACAUCCCUGAAGUGAAGAUCCGUGUUUUAGAGCUGCCUUACGAAGGAAGAGAACUUAGUAUGAUCGUCCUGUUACCUGAUGACAUUGAAGAUGACUCCACUGGACUGCAGAAGCUGGAAAAGCAGCUUACCUUAGAGAAGCUCCAGGAAUGGACAUGUCCAGAGCAUCUAUAUUCCACUGAUGUUCGUGUGCGUUUGCCAAAGUUUAAGCUAGAAGAAAGCUAUGACCUUAAAUCAGAUUUAGCCACUAUGGGCUUGUUGGAUGUAUUUGACAGUGGCAAGGCUGACUUGUCGGGAAUGUCAGGGGCAUGUGACCUCUUUCUCUCUAAAAUUGUCCACAAGGCUUUUGUAGAGGUGAAUGAGGAAGGCACGGAAGCUGCAGCUGCCACUGCUGGCAUUGCUAUGCUCUGCAUGGUUAUGGAAGAGGAUUUCAAUGCUGACCAUCCUUUCCUUUUCCUUAUUCGCCACAACCCAACGCGAAGCAUACUUUUCUUCGGCAGAUAUGCUUCUCCAUAAAAGAGAACUUGGCAUUUGCAGACCAGUUCCUGCUGUAGUCAGUGAAAGCUUUGCUCCCAAAUGAGUUGGAUUCUGAUGUAGAAAGUUAAUGCUCCUGUCUUGAGUUCCUAGUAACUUUGACUGAGAUUCUGCCUUUCCCAUUAAAACAAUCCCAGAGAAACUGUGGAGUAAUUUAUUUUUCUUCCUUGAGAUUGACAUAAUCUUUAAUAACUAGGAAAAUCUUAACUGUAGGCACGAGAAACCUUUUGAAAUUGGACUAGAAACAGAAACACUCUUGGAAGAAACUUCUGUCUUUUAAAGCACAGGAUCACCCUGUAUGCAUCCUUGCACAGGUUUCUCUGUGUUGACAGCCCUCUGUUGUAAUAACUUAAAAUAAUUGUCAUUCAUUUUGCAUGUAUACUAGGAUGUUCUUGCAAAGCUAUUCCUCCCCUAAAGUCUUGCUUUUCAAAGGUAUCUUAAUAAAAUACUUCUAGGCACCAAAAGGCAUGUUCCUGAACAGCUGAGUUUACUCAGUUCUGUCGUGAAAUAGAAGGUCAGAUAGUAUUUGUCCAGAGACGUCUAUUAAUAGAGAAAGGAUUAAGCUAUUUAAACAAAAGUAAGCCCUUCCAGUCAUUAGCCAGAAAACUGGCAGUACAGCUUUUGAAUGAGGAGGAGGAGGAGAAAUGAAUAACAACUUUAGGUGACACGUUUAAAGAGGAUUUUUUAAAUCUAUAGUCUGGUACCAUUUUAGUUACUGAAAAUGUGAAAAUGUGUCAGGGCUUAGAGGUGUUUUAGGUGCUUGAAGCUAAUGGGUGCCUUUCUGCAAGUUUGGAAGCUUUCAAUAUGACCUUAGGUUCUGGCCAGAACCUAUGUGAUCCUCAAAAAAUACUUCAGCUUCCCAGAGGAUGACUGUGUAUAUUCUGCAAUAAAUAUCUGAUGUGUCUCUUUAUGUACAAGGAUUCGGCAUUUACUGAGCUGACUUCUGCUACCUCUUUAUACACAAACCUUUUGUACUGUACAACAGCCUUAUGCCUGGGAGCCACUGUAAUUACAUACUGUUAGUGUUCUGUGUUUAUUUCUGGAGGUUAUUUGCUUGUAUCAUGUAUAUCUUGGGUACUGUAACAUUUACCUGUACAACCUCAGUUCUCAGUGGGGCACAAUAAUUUCUAUAAUUGCAAACUGUGUAUUAAUUUUGUCUUUAAGCAACAAAUAAAAGUCUUUUUCUUAAACUUGUGUUCAAAAUGGA